CGCUCAUGAACUCAUUAAGAAAAAUCGAGUCGAAUCCCUAAAUCCCCUCCUGAGUCGGAGAAGAAGUAGAAGAAAUCGAUUUCGUUUCGAUGUCGUCCCUAAAGAAGAAGACGAAGAAACGGUCGCCGGAAUCGACCCCAAUUUCAUCACUUCCCGAUGAUUUGGUAUUGAGUUGCUUCGCACGCGUCUCUAGAUUGUACUACCCGAUUCUCUCCUUAGUCUCCAAGAGCUGUCGAACCCUCGUUGCUUCACCGGAGCUUUACAAGACUCGAUCUUUCUUCAACCGCACGGAGAGUUGUCUCUAUGUGUGCUUAGAAUUCCCUCCUGACCCUAACCCACGUUGGUUUACACUCUACCGAAAACCUAAUCAAACCCUAACCAACAUCACCGAGAAGACAAAGAACUCAAGUGGGUACGUUUUGGCCCCAAUCCCAAAUCACCAUUCCCCUAGUGCGAGUCUCGUUGCGGUUGGGUCUAAUAUCUAUGCCAUUGGUGGAUCCAUUGAGAAUGCACCGUCUUCUAGGGUCUCAAUUUUAGACUGCAGGUCUCAUACGUGGCACGAGGCGCCAAGCAUGCGGAUGAAGCGGAAUUACCCAGCUGCUAAUGUUGUUGAUGGGAAGAUUUAUGUAGCAGGAGGCUUGGAAGACUUUGAUUCCUCUAAAUGGAUGGAGGUUUUCGAUACGAAGACUCAAACUUGGGAGUUUGUGUUGUGCCCUUUAGCGGAGAGAUUCGUAUACAGGAGCUUAGUGAUUGAUGGAGAAAUCUACAUUUUUGGGGAUAAGGUUGUGACCUACAAGCCAAAAGAAGAUAGAUGGGGAGAUGAAGGAGAGCAUCAGAGUAUGGAUUUAGGUUUGUAUUUUCAUUCGUAUUGCGUUAUAGAUAACGUUCUCUAUUGUUAUCGACCUGGUGGAAUCAAAUGGUAUGAAUCAGAGAAAAGAUCGUGGAGGAAGUUGAGGGGUUUGAAAGGAUUGUCUAAGCUUGCUAGUAGUUGUGUUAGGUUGGCGGAUUAUGGUGGAAAGAUUGCGAUUUUUUGGGACAAGUAUUCCCCUUCUAGUGGUUAUAAGAGUCAUAUGAUUUCGUGUGCGGUGAUUUCCCUUGGAAGUUGCAAAAAUCAGGGUAUUCGAGGAAAGGUUGAAUGGUUUGAUGAUAUGCUUACAGUCCCUAGCUCUUAUAACUUUGUGGGUGCUCUUGCUGCUACUCUUUGAUGAUUGCCAUGCGAGACAGAUUUAAAUGUGGUGAAUCUUUAGUGAUUUGUGGGAAGUAUAUCAUUUUGUUGGAUGAUUGUGUCUUGCGUUUCUUUAGCUGAAUGCUAUCGACAUCAUUUCUUUCGUAAACCUUUGAUGGUUCGUUUAUUUUGUUCUGCUUUAAGGCCUAUGAAAUGUUGUUUUGGUUGAAUAGAAAUUGUUCACUACUUUCAUGGGAAAAAGAAGUAAAGCAAGAUACACAUUUGAUUGUCUAGCUUACAAAUAAAUGGGUUUCUAUGUUGUAACGACUCAAUGAUGCAACUGGCUUUAUAACUGCACCCUCACCGGUUGAAACAACAGCUUGGUGGGACAGCGAAGUGAGAAUGUAUGUACUAUGUAUGCGAUGAGAGUAAGAGCCAAGAAUACACAAAGAACAAAGAGGUAAAAAGCCGGAAAAGUUUACUUUGUUUUUUGCUUAUAAACAUCUGCAGUCACUUGCUUGUAGCUAGAUAAUUAAGCUCAUUUUGUGACUUGUCUCUUUGAUAAACUCUUUGUUCCUAAACUCUUUCUGCUAUUGUCUAAUAUAUGCCUCUUGAGACUA